UCUGGUCUAUAAGGUCGAUCUUUGUUAUCUUUAUCAGUGUCUCUCUGAAGUUUAGCAGGCGCCAUGACCUUAGCAAGCAAGAUGAUUACGCUGUUCCUCGUCGGAUGUGUGCUUAUGCAGACAGUCUUUGCUGGACCCUUGGAUAAACUCUUUCGGGAGGAUGAUGAACGUCUCAACGAGGUCAGCGGAGAGGAGUGGUUCCGUAAGCCCAUCCGCCGAUGGGAGCGACUCUUCAACAGUGCCGAAACGCCGUCGGGAAGCCGGAAGCAGGUGAUCCGUCCUAGUAGAAGCGACAAAGGAGACACCACGGAAAGCUCCAAACAUGCCCACUCCAUGAUCACCUCAAUGUUGGGCUUUGUGAGCAGCGUCAUCAACUUGGGACGAUCCAUGGUGAGGGAUCAAUAAGGAAUUUAUCAAUUUUUAUUGCACCUUUCUCUUUUAAGCCAAAGUCUCGUGAUUCCACUUGCCAAUUGUAGUUGUUAGUUGUAAAUAAAAUAUAUAAAAAAAAUCUAAAUUAUUUAAAUCCCUUUUUACCAAUGAGCUAAAGCUGAAGUUUUUAAAAGUAAUUUUUAAUGACAUUUUCAUAA